CCGGUAAGUGAAGAAACUUUGGUCGUGAGCCAUGGACGAAAACCGAAUUGUUCGGUUUCCUGGACACUUGGACCCUGGGGCGCUGGAGUUCAGACCCAGAAUCUCUUCCCCGCUGAACCAGGUUUCCCUACUUCGACCACCCCAUAUGUACUACCCGUUCCCCUCUUCUGCUUCAUACCCAUCUACAACUACUACUACUACUACUACUACUGCUGGUGGAGAUCCAAUGAUACCGGCCUUCUACAGUAUGAGCGUGAGUAUGGGUUAUCACCAGUCGCUCCCAGCUCCAGCCCAGUACGUUAGACCCACGAGAGGAAAUCAGCCUCCACCACCGCCAUUAGCGCUGCCGCCGCCUUCACCGACAGCCACUAGAGCUUUGGUUCUGAGUUCCGUCCCCGUGGACGUAAGUGAAACGAUGGUCCGUAGAGAAUUGGAAGCGUUUGGAGAGGUUAGGUCGGUGCAGAUGGAGAGAUUAUCGGAAGGAAUUGUCACCGUUCACUUCUAUGACCUGAGGCACGCGCAAGCGGCGUUGGUGGAGAUAAGGGAGCAGCACAUGCAGCAGCAGAGAAGGUGGAGGCAAUAUUACGCCGUUCUCCAGGAACAGCAGAUAAAUUUGUCUUUCGGGUUAGAGAAUUUCGCUGCACCAUUGCCUCCACCAGCGCCUGGGCUUAUCGCUGGCCGGGCUAUUUGGGCGCAGUUUACACUACUGGGGGUAAACAAUGUUCCCGAAGGGCAUAAUCAAGGAACGCUGGUAGUUUUUAAUUUGGAUUUGGAAGUCUCUUCCCGCAGGCUUAAGGAAAUUUUCGAAGCUUUUGGUCCCGUGAAAGAACUGAGAGAGGCUCCAUUGAAGCGGCACCAACGGUUCGUGGAGUUCUUUGAUAUCAGAGAUGCUGCUAGGGCUCUUUCAGAAAUGAAAGGGAAAGAAAUUUACGGGAAGCAUGUAAUAAUUGAGUUCAGUCGCCCUGGCAGCCAUGGCAGAAAGUACUUCAACUCCGCAGCUGUGGUAGCUCCCCCUAAUUUCAAUGUCACUAAUGGUGUUCACACCAGAAACAAUCAUAAUAUGAAAAUUUCGAAAUACCCAUCUCCAAAACCACCUCCAAGGUUGUUGGGUCGCUCAUCCUCGGAUGCUGUUCCAUGCCAUGUUUCUCAGUCGAUGUGCUUGCCUAAGAAAUGCAAUUAUAAGGGAAAUGUUGGUAGCAAUAGGAAAUCAGACCAUGAAGGAACGACAGUAACCAAAGGUUCGAUUUCUCUGCCGAGGAAGAGUAACAGCCAUGGCAACAAUUCUUCCACGACGACGAAGCUGUUGAGGAGUCGGUCAUGGAAGGGAAAACAUAAGAACUCUGAUGCUCAUUUCUUGAUCAACGAAGAUGCCCUUGUGGAUACCAGAACCACUGUCAUGAUCAAGAACAUACCCAACAAGUACAGUCAGAAGCUGCUAUUGAACAUGCUGGACAACCACUGCAUUCACUGCAAUGAACAGAUUGCCGACGGCGACGGUCAGCCCUUUGCUUCCUACGAUUUCGUCUAUCUCCCCAUUGAUUUCAACAACAAGUGCAAUGUGGGUUACGGGUUCGUGAACCUUACGUCUCCUCAAGCGGCAUUGAGGCUCUAUAGAGCCUUUCACAUGCAGUCAUGGGAGGUCUUCAACUCCAGGAAAAUAUGUCAAGUCACUUACGCCAGAUUACAGGGUUUGAAGGCGUUGAAGGAGCACUUUAGGAACUCGCAGUUCGCGUGCGAAAUUGGUGAGUAUUUGCCGGUGGUGUUUUCACCGCCUCGAGAUGGGAAGCAAUUGACGGAACCAGUGACAAUCGGCGGCCAGCCAAAAUAG